GUGGACAGUGCUGUGGGUGUCGGGACUCCUCCGAAGCCGCUCUUUCUCAGCACAGCACAGCACAGCCGACAAGAAGAGCAGGAAGGAAAAAAAAGGGAAGCUUUUCUUCUCUCCUUCAACUCCGACCUGCGGUGUUUGCAGCCGGGCUCGGUACGGCGUGGAUCGGCGCGCCGCCGCGCUGGAAUAACGGGACCACAUGCCACGGAAGGGGAUGGACUUAAAGUAGAUGAUUGAGCGAACGGAUGACCCCCCCAGCCGCUGACCUUACAGAGUCAACACGGGAGCAGAGCAAAGUGUCAUGGGAUUUUGCCGCUCGUCGAUGGAUUCAUGAAAUCAAGACGGAAGAGAAUCAAUUUACUGAGCAACACGGCCUCCACGGACUCGCUUUUUCUUCAGAAUGAUCCGGGGGCUAUUUCCGUCUUGAAGGUUCUGACUCCAGCAUGACGCUCACCAAAAGGAGGAGGACCUUGGCGCUGCUUUUUUGCGCCGUUACCUUCACCACGUUCCUGUUCAAUUACACCUUCCGGGACCCCUCCAGCUACUUGUACAAGUACACCUUCCGCUUGUCGGCGUCUUCCAAGGGGCCGUGUGCGUGUCGGCACUGCGUAACCGAGCGGGACGAGGACGACGUCUGGUUCACGGAGCGCUUCAACCUGUCGGUACACCCGCUCAUGACCAGGGACAACAGCGCCCUCUCUGACGACACCUUUAAAUGGUGGCAGUGGCUGCAGGCGGAGAGCCACCCGGCAAACUUCAGCGAGGUGGUGGACGAGCUUUUCCAAGUCAUUCCCGAUGAGGUGCUCUACAUGGACGCCGGGCCGGAGCGCUGCCGCACCUGCGCCGUGGUGGGGAACUCGGGCAACCUGAAAGGAUCCCAGUAUGGCGGCCUCAUCGACUCCAGUCAUUUCAUUAUAAGAAUGAACCAAGCUCCCACGGCCGGUUUUGAGGAGGAUGUGGGCGCCAGGACCACGCAUCACGUGUUGUAUCCCGAAAGCGCCACGGACCUGGACAACGCCACCAACCUGGUGCUCGUGCCCUUCAAGACGCUGGACCUGCAGUGGAUCGUCAGCGCCCUGACCACGGGCACGGUCAAAUACACAUAUGUUCCUGUGAUGAACAGAAUAAAGGCCAACAAAGAUAAGGUGUUGAUAUACAACCCGACGUUUUUUAAGUACGUCUACGAGUCUUGGCUGGAGGGACAUGGACGCUAUCCUUCCACUGGCUUCCUCAGCUUGAUGCUGGCCGUCCACAUAUGUGAUGAGGUGAACGUGUUUGGGUUUGGCGCAGACCAGGACGGCAACUGGCACCACUACUGGGAGGACAAUCUUCUGGCCGGCGCUUUUAGACACACGGGCGUCCACGAUGGAGAUUUUGAAUAUAACGUCACGCAGCUUUUGGCGGACAAACAGAAAAUCAGAAUGUUUAAAGGUAGAUGAUGCCCGGCGCCAUUUGUGCUGUUGGAUGACCACCAAAUGAACCAGGGGGGGGGGAAUGUUCCACUUUAGUGGCUGAGCUCUGGAGGUUGUUUUGUUUUUCACUUCUGCUAUAUCGCCAACCGAACAGCUUUGCCUCCAUUGUGUGCCAAACCAUGCCAGAAUCAUACAACUGCCUACAAAUCCAAACCAAUCAAGAACCUAAAAAUGAUGCUCCUUAUGUUUAUUUUCAUAUAGGUGUGAGUUCAGAUCUUGUCACUGCUGUAAAUACCACUUAAAUCAUCUGAAAGGUAGUUUCUGGUAUCUCAAAUGAAUCUACUGCUGCUCUUUGUCUACAUGUUACAACAGGAGCGAGCGUAGAAAAAGUGUACUAAUGAUUGCCGCUCUUUGUAAUUCCUAUUAGUAUUAUUUUGUAUAAUCAGUCACCAAAAACUGCUGUGCCUUAUGGAUGUCCAUGUUUGUGAGACAACUACAUGAAAAGUGCCUUUACUGGUUUUAGCUUGCAUUAUGGCUUUUAAAUUCAACGACAUUACAGCAAUGUGUUUGUCAAAUAUUUGCAUAUUAGAAUAUCAUAUGGUUGGAGUUUUGCCAUGUUAUGUUUUGCUCCAUGUGCCUUUAAACAGCAGUGCUUUUUUCCUUCUAUUUCUUUUAUUAGAGAGAGAGCACUUUCUUUGUGUGCGGCUGCCAUUACGUGUCAACAGUGCCAUCCAGUGGACGAUAACUGUAACAACAUCUCUUCGUUUGUCGUCUGUUCAACUCACAGAAAUAGUGGGCUUAGUUUUGUUGUGUUUUUUGCAAUAAUUUACACAAUGACGAUUAAAGAAACGGUA